UGCAUUUGUAUAGUAGCGAUUGACGAACAUAAGAGAAGACCAACGAGAAAUGUAAUAUUCCCUCUCCUUUCAUCCUUCUUCAACAAUAACAUCCUCGUCAAAUCGUGACAUCGGCGCACAUCCCUCCUCCGUCUUCUAGAGAUUCAGAUCUCGUGCACAACAGGGAGGACCACGAGGAAUACAGCCCGCAUACUAAUACCGAGUCGCUUCACGCCUCUCUCAUCGCGCGGUUCGGAAGAUUCCUCCCUUCCCUGCGCCCAGAAUCGCAUGAUUUGAAGAAGAAGAAGAAGAAGAAGAUGAGGGAAGGAAAGGAAGCGACCCGCGAGGACCGCAACGAAGGCCGACCGACAAGGCCCAUCGUUACCGAUGAGAGCCUUCCAAUCCGACCCAAGCAACCGACGACAAAUACAGACGCUCGAUUCGCAGAUGCGAAAGAAAAGCUCGCCGAGGAGCGCGACGCGCGAAGGAAAGAACUCGCCGCUGCGAGGGAAGCGAGAAUCAAGUUCUUCACCAGCGCCACCGAACGACAGCGCAGGGAGAGUGCCAACGCGGUAGACCUGAGAAGAAUCCAACUCGCCGACGCCAUCGAGGAGAAAAGAAGGGACUACGCCGACGCGAUCGCCGCGCGGAGGAGGGAGUACGCCAAUGCGACCGACGCGAGAAAAGCGGAACUCACCGACGCCAUCGAGGGCAAAAGAAAGGCGUACGCCGACGCAAUCACCCGAAGGAGAUUGGAGUUCCCCGACGACGAAACAGACUCCAGGAAGAGAGCACCCAGCGACGACAUCGAGAGCGGACGGAACGACGCCAUCGACCGAAGCCCCACCACCAGGGAGGAUUCCCUCCCCGCCUGGAUCACCAUCACCUCCCCGACCCCCUCCCUACAAUUCGACCACACCACCCACUCCGACUCCCAGAUCCGAUCUCUCCGCCGCCCCUUCCCCCUCGACGGCCGCACCCUCGAAGGCGGCGGCCAACUCGUCCGCAACGCCCUCUGCCUCUCGGCCCUCACCGGCGUGAGCAUCAAGAUCACCCACAUCCGCGGCGGCAGGCCCGGCGGCGGGGGCCUGAAGGCGCAGCACCUCGCGUGCGUGCGGUGGCUGGCGCAGGCGUGCGAGGCGUACGUCGAGGGGGCGCACAAGGGGAGCCGGGAGUUGCUGUUCGCGCCCGGAGCGAAUACUUGGCGACAUCGGGGCCAGGCGGUGCAGCAUGCGGGACAGAUGCCGGCGACGAGAUCCAGCGAGGACCGGGCUCUCCCGGCGGCGUUCUCGGGGAGGAGGGUGCUGGAUGAUGGUCGGGAGGUGUUGGUCUGUCAUCCGCUGAAGAUCGACACGGCCGGGUCGACGGGCCUGGCGCUGCAGGCCGUCCUGCCGUAUCUGCUGUUCUGUCGGACGGAGCCCGCGGUGGAAGGGGGCAAGCCGCCAGGAGGGGUCUCGCCCCUGGAGAGACUCCCUAUCCGGCUGACGGUGACCGGAGGCACGAAUGUUUCGGGUUCGCCGUCGUACGACUAUGUGAAACAUGUCCUCCUGCCGACGCUGGAGGGGAUCGGAUUGCCGAAGAUGAGCGUCACCCUGGGCCAGAGGUGGUGGAGCGCCGGGAGACCGGGGCACGUCGGAGAGUUCACCAUCGAGAUCGCCCCGCGGAAGAGGGAGGACAAGGUCGGGACGGGGCUGAUGUGUUUCGACCUCGGAUUGUCGAAGCAGCUCACAGAUCCCGUCUAUGAGCCGGAAGUGCCGAUGGAAAUCCAUGCCGUCCUGGUCGGACCGGCGGCCUGUCGGGCAUACUUCCGAGAAGCCCUCGCGGCGAACGUCGCGCGACAUUUCGGCGCGGGGUUCUCAUUCGGAGAUGAUGGUGGGGUCGACAAUACAGGUGAACAACAACAACAACAACAACAAUCACCGUCAUCCAUCGCCGAGGAUUUCUACCCUCCACGGAAACUCACCCUCACCUUCGAAUCCACCCUUUCCUCCCCGGAAAACGGUUUCUCCCGAAACAUCUACAUCCUGGUCACCGCCCGCAUCCCCUCCUCCACCAUCCCCGUCGAAGAAGAAGAAGAAGAAGAAGAAGAAGAAGUGCACGAGAAAAAAGGCAACAACGACGACGCAUGCUCAUGGACGAAGAUCUCCCCGCCGCCCACCGCCGCCCUCCUCGCCGCCGAUGUCCUCCACACCCAGUCCUCCAAGCGGCCCAUCGAUCUCGCCGAGAAGAUCAACGAGAUGACGGAGCGCGUCGUCGGAGACCUCGCGCGCGAGUGGCGGAGCAACGCCGUCGUCGACGAACAUCUGCGCGAUCAGCUCGUCAUCUUCCAGGCGUUGGCCCUGGGACGGAGCGGAACCUUUGGGGGCUGGGAGGAGGUCGAGAAGGAGAAGAAGAAGAAGGAGGGGGAGGAGGAUCAGUCGCAAGGACGAAUGGGGAACACCUCGACUCUGGGACGGGGUGCACAUGACGAGAAGCUGAAGCGGGAAAAGGAAGAGGAGGAGGAAUGGUAUGACGUCGACACCGAAAUGACGGUCGAUCCAUCGACACCAUCGAAACCAUCACCACCACCGCGGAAAUUCCGCGAACUCUCCCUCCACGCCAAGACCGCCCAAUGGAUCUGCCAGACGAUCCUCUCCUGCGACAAGAGCCACACCCGCUGGGUGCACUUCGACGCGGAGGGCUGGUGUGACGGAUUUGGAUUCGGGGUGGAGAAGGAGGAUCUGGGCUUCUCGUCGUCGUCGUCGUCUUCGCCUUCCUCAAUCUUGAAGUAUCAGGAGGCGAGACCGACGACUCGCGUCGCAUGAUCCAGCGGGGAGUUUCAUCCUUCGAAGAGGGAAGUUUGAGGAGGCCAUGGGAGAGAAGGGGGGAUUGACGACGAUGGGAGAAUGAUGGGGGUUUCGACUUUUCUUGCUUCGAUCUUUUUGGGAAAUGGAUGUUGUGAUGUGCAGCGAUAAUGACUCACAGACUGUAAAGAUGCGAUCGGGUAUCUAAUCAAAAGGGACUAUCAAUGUACGAAAUCAAUGAAAAGAU